ACGUUCCCUCCAUGGUUGGUUUGGUUUGAACAACGAACGACGGGCGCGGCACAACAUCAGUCAUGUCAGUCAUCGUGUGAUGCCGAAACAAAUCCCUAAAUAACUUGUGAUUUGUCUUCUGCCUGAUAUGUUGCGGCUUCAGGCAAAAGCGUGAAAACUGACAGGCAGCACUGUGUAAAUAAUCGACUUUUGUUGAAAUAUUUUUAUUUUUCUUCACCCACUCCGACCAUUCACACGGCACGAGUAGUGCGUGCGUGCGCCACGUACAGCUGUACAGAGACAGAGUGCAAAGACUUCCCAAGUCAACAACGUAGCCUGUUCUAGUGUUCACAAUAUUCGCAAUGUCGACAGCCUGCAAUGUUCUACUAGGGGGCCUAUUUUACAUCGUCCUCGUGCAAGUGAUCGUCCUGCCAGGAGUAGUGACGACCACUUUCCCGUUCCAAGACGAUUCCCUCCCAUGGGAUGAGCGACUGGAUGACUUGAUGUCUCGAUUGGCCCUGGACGAAAUGACCCUUCAGAUGGCGCGGGGCGGCGCGUUCAAGAACGACCCGGCGCCGCCGAUCCCCCGCCUAGGCAUCAACCCUUUCAUCUGGGACGACGAAUGCCUACACGGAGAUAUGGUCUACAAUGCAACAUCAUUCCCGCAGUCUAUUGGAUUGGCUGCAACUUUUAGCACAGAUUUGCUGUACAGAGUUGCCGAAGCUAUUGGUUCUGAGGUCCGAGCCAGGCACAACAACCUGACCCAGCACGGCAUCUAUCAAACCCGAGGUGGCCUGGGCUGCUUCAGUCCUGUCAUCAACAUCAUGAGACACCCACUGUGGGGCCGCAACCAGGAAACAUACGGUGAGGGUCCGUUUCUAAGCGGGGAGAUGACCAGAGCGUAUGUGACCGGCUUGCAAGGGAAUGACUCGCGCUACGUCCGGGCCAACGCUGGCUGCAAACACUAUGCCGCCUACGAUGGGCCUGAUAACUACCCUGUUUCUCGAUUCACCUUUGAUGCCAAGGUAUCAGACCGUGACCUCUUCAUGACCUUUCUACCUCAGUUCCAUGAGUGCGUCAAAGCUGGUAGCUACAGCAUCAUGUGCAGUUACAACAGCAUCAACGGAGUACCAGCUUGUGCCAACACAAGAUUCCUGCGAGACAUCCUCCGCGACCAAUUUGGCUUUCAGGGUUAUGUUGUCAGUGAUGCGGGUGCACUGAGAGCAGUUUACGCUGCGCACAAAUACACGUCUACACCUCUUGAGACUGCCGCAGUGUGCGUCAAGGCUGGUGUCAAUCUGGACCUCACAACAGUGGUAGCUAACGUCUAUACCUACAUCACAGAGGCAGUCUUAAAGAAGAUGGUGUCGUACGAUGACGUGGUGGCGUUGGUGCGUCCAUUGUUCUACACCCGAAUGAGGCUUGGGGAGUUUGACCCACCAGCCAGAAACCCUUACACCAAGCUGCGUGCCGAGGAUGUAGUGGAAAGCAUUGCACACCGGAAUCUUGCCAUAGAAGCUGCUGUCAAGAGCUUUGUCUUGCUGAAGAACGAUGGCAUACUACCACUGAAAAGUAUUUUGAAGCUUGCGAUUGUUGGUCCAUUUGGAAAUGACUCCGGUCAGUUGUUUGGGGACUAUGCAGGCACACCGUUGCCAAAAUACGUCACCACACCACUGGCUGGCCUGCAACCCUUGGCCAAUGAAACUCGCUUUGCUGCAGGAUGUAACAACCCCCUUUGUGCGGUGUACAACCAGUCCAGUGUCGUUCAGGCAAUAAACGGCUCUGAUUUUGUCGUCGUCUGUCUGGGUUCAGGUGUGACGGUGGAGAGUGAGGGUAGAGACAGGAGAGACCUCGCCCUGCCCGGCAGCCAACUGCAACUUCUGCAGGAUGCUGUCAAAGCUGCCAAUGGUAAGCCAGUUGUCUUGCUGCUCUUUACUGCCGGGCCAUUCGACAUCUCCUGGGCCAUCAACAACACCGCUGUGCCGGUGAUUGUACAGUGCUUCUUUCCAGCCCAAGCUACUGGUGUGGCCAUCAGGAACAUGUUUACCAACUACCUGGGUACCAACAACCCAGCAGGAAGGCUUCCCUACACAUGGCCUGCAUCCAUGGACCAGGUACCCCCAAUGACAAACUACUCUAUGGUGAACCGCACCUAUCGUUACUUCAGUGGAACACCGCUCUAUCAGUUUGGUUACGGACUCUCCUAUACCAAGUUUGAGUACUUGAAGUUUGUCGUGGAACGUGUCAGCAUCUUUCCGUGUGAUGACGUUUUUGUUAAUGUAACUCUCAGAAAUGUGGGAGCAUACACAGGAGAGGAGGUGGUCCAAGUCUACAUUCAGUGGCUGGACGCGACCGUCCCAGUGCCCAAGAUCCAGUUGGCAGCCUUCAAACUCAUCACCAUCACCACACUUCAGACUGCAACGGUCAUUUUGUCCAUUCCGGCCCGUGUGAGAGCAGCCUACACUGACCGCCUGGUCCUUCAGCCGGGACGCUUUGAUGUGUUUGCCGGCGGUCAGCAGCCAGGCCCAAGUACUGGUGGACGGCUGAACUCCAAUGUGUUGAUGGGGAGAUUCCAAGUGGACGGGCCCGAAACGGACCUGGCUAGAUGUCCAGCCUAAUUACACGGAGGAUUUAUCACUCACUAUAAAGUCAUGUAAUAAGGCUGGCUCAUGCAUCACUUGUAUUCAAAUGUGAAGUGAAUUUAAAGUCACAGAACACUUGCAGCAAUAUUCUCCUGAGUUGAAAGGUGUUCAACUCAAUUUGACUCGUUCAACUCAUUUCAACUCAAUUGACAUGACCUCACAAAUUUCCGUGCACGUUUGCGCCAAGCAUGAACUGGCCCUUAGAGUCACAUAGAGUCACAGGUCAAGCUCAAUUCAGCAUGAGUGACCUGGUACAAGGUACCCUGUGGAGACAUGUGCACAAUAGGGAGCAAAAGAUUGUAUACGUCUGCACAGAGCAAUAUAUAUAGGUGAUACGUCUCCAAAAGGUUAUCACGAAAUAGAUAUAUGGAUUUUACUCAAAAACUUGGAAUUUCCAAGGUGUGUUGAUCCGUCGCAAAUUGAAGUUUUUUAUGUAAGGGAUAUUAAAUCCGAAUUUCAGCCCAGGAAAUUAAUUGUGGUUAAAAUAGGAGCAUUUUUAAAGUACACUUUCAAACUCGAAAACUUUAGUACACAAGAAGAAAGAAAUGACUCCACAAGGAUACAAAUUCCAGUAUGGGUGAAAUCAAUAGUCCAUCACAAUUGAGGUCACAAACUGGAGGUGAACAAAGGCUUUCCAUUUGAGUAAGUUGUGACUUGACUUGAGACUUUCGGACUUCUGAUUGAAAUGUGCACUUGACUACAACUCGGGCUAAUAGGCAAAGAAAGGCCGGUUCAUACUCGGUGCAAACGUGAAUUUUGAAUGCGUUUUAGCUUUUCGAACACAUUUCCGCUUUUGUUUGGUAUGUUCGUGACAUCAAAUUCGUGAACCAGCCGUAACAGUGAGAGGUCCAAUGAAGUAAUGAAGAAAUAGUGACUUGGGUAAAUUUCGUAGCUCUGUACAUUGUAAGCAAAGAAUUUCUGCAAACCAAUAAAAAAAACACCCCAAUUUUACCUUACAUGAUUUCCACAUUACAAGAUAUGAUAUCGUUGUCAACAUUAAUUGAUAUCACAACAAAUUGGAGAAGAGUAAAUGUGGGUGGGGAUUCCCCAAAAGCACUGCUUGUCAAGUAGAGAUCCCCGCUAUUUCAAGCGUAAGCCAGACAUUUUGGGAUCUUGUGCAUGUAUGGAUCUAUUCACCAAGGAUUCUGCAAGCGCAGAAUUCAUGUUUAACAGAGCAAUGAAAUUUGGCCAAGGUGUUUUCUUUACCCACUUAAUGUAAAAUAUUUGGGUUUUUUUUUAUACACUUACUAAAUUAGUAUUUACACUUUGGUGGGAGUUGUUUCAAUGCUUUUUGAGUUAUGAACUUUUGUUUCAUUAUAAAGUUGAACAAAGGAAUUGACUGGAGCAGGAUUUAAAACUGGACAUCCGGGUUGCCCAUACCAGCGCCUGUCUGUCUGAGCUUUUCAGCCCUACAUGUAUGUUGGUGCUUCCCACUUUUUUUCAAUUUCUUUGUUCAAGGGUGUUACUCGGAAAUUCACUUGUUAGGCGGGUGUAACCACUUAGGGAUUCUAUACUCAGUACUAUUAUGAUUUAAAGGCACUACCAUGCCACAAUCCUGAAAUGUACUGAAAUCUACUUGUGAUUAGGAAGUUUUAACAAUUUUUUAAAAGAAAAUAUAUGUAUAAAUUAUAUUGACACAUUGAUUCAACUCGUACAACAAUUCAGAGAUGUACAUGUUAUGUAGCUGAAAUCGAAAA